AUGGCUGGCGCUGUCGGACCCUGUGCUAUACAAACCCUGAAUAGUCGACCGGAAGUCGCCCCCUCACCCCCUCACAUCGCAUCGUCCGUCAUCGAUACUCUUCGUGGAGACGGAGAUUCAGCUUUCCCAAAACUGCUGUUCGUCACCAAUAAGGAUAUCAGGAUUGCCAAUGUUUCUCGACCAUCAAAAGUUGUUACUAUUGUUAAGGAUAUUGAGGAAGGGGCCGCAGUGGACUACUAUUAUGCCGGAUCUCGGAUCUGCUGGACAGAUCGGGGACUGGAGAUGAUCCAGUGUGUUACGUACAAUGGCUCAGAAGCGUACAAUAGGGUCGAGGUGGUAACGUCUGGACUGAUAACUCCUGAUGGUCUGGCGUGCGACUGGCUCACCAAGAAAUUGUACUGGACGGAUGGGGAAACCAACAGGGUGGAGGUGGCAACACUGGACGGCAAACUACGCAAGGUGCUGUUCUGGGACGACAUCGACCAACCACGGGCCAUUGCUGUCGUCCCCAUGGACAGCCUAGUGUUCUGGACUGACUGGGGAGAGGUGCCAAAGAUCGAGAGGGCAGGGAUGAACGGAGAUCCUACCACAAGGAAAGUCAUUGUCAACAGCAACAUAUUCUGGCCCAACGGACUGACAGUUGAUUACGACCAAAGGCGGAUCUAUUGGCUCGACGGAAGGCUACAUUUCAUUGAGGUAAUGGAUUACGAUGGAAGAAACAGGAAGCAUUUAGCUGAGAAAGGCGUGAUCUAUCCUUUUGCUUUAGCACUGUUCCAAGAUAAGCUGUACUGGACUGAUUGGAAAACUUGGUCAGUGCAUGUGUUUGACCGCACCAGCGGAGGCUCACCCAAGGAGAUGCUGCACAGCAACUAUGUGCCGAUGGACAUCAGAGUGUGGGACCCACGGAGACAACCCUACAAGUGGACGCCCUGCGAGCACAACAACGGCGGCUGCUCUCAUCUGUGCUUGCUAGCUCCGUACGCUCCUGGCUUCACAUGUGCCUGCCCCACCGGCAUCAAACUCAUCAACAACUUUACUUGUGCAAACGGAGCCCAAGAACUGCUGUUGAUAGUGCAGAGAACUGACAUCAGCAGGAUAUCCCUGGACUCUCCAGACCACACCAACCUUGUGUUGCCGCUCACUGGAGUCAAGCAUUCCAUAGCCAUAGACUACGAUCCUAUCGAUGGCUACAUCUACUGGACCGAUGACGAUGUUCAGGCGAUCAGGAGAGCGCGGAUGAAUGGUAGUGGACAAGAGGAUUUGAUAACAACAGAGGUGGAACAUCCAGACGGGAUAGCAGUAGACUGGAUAGCCCGCAACAUGUACUGGACAGACACUGGCACUGACAGGAUAGAGGUGGCCAGGCUAGAUGGACGUGCCAGAAAGGUGCUGAUCAACGAGGACCUGGUGGAGCCUAGAGCUGUGGCAGUAGCACCGGAACACGGCUGGCUGUUUUGGUCCGACUGGAAUGAGAAGCGGCCCAAGAUCGAGCGAGCGGCUCUGGAUGGCUCGGAGAGAGUUGUGCUGGUCCGAGAAGGGUUGGGUUGGCCCAACGGUAUUGCCCUGGACUACGGCACUAGCAAGCUCUACUGGUGCGAUGCUAAGACAGACAAAAUUGAGGUUAUCAACAUGGACGGGAGUGACAGACGCGAGGUGAUCAGUGACAACUUGCUGCACAUCUUCGGCCUGACGCUGCUGGGGGACUAUCUGUACUGGACGGACUGGCAACGGCGCAGUGUGGACCGCGCAGACAAAGUGACGGGCAACCGGCGCGAGCUCAUCAUGGAUCAGCUGCCCAAUCUGAUGGGCAUCAAGGCUGUAGGGGUGGGGCAGGGUGGGGGCUGGAACCCUUGCAAGGAGCACAAUGGGGGCUGCUCUCACCUCUGUCUCAACCGGCCAGGCAACCACUCCGUCUGUGCCUGUCAGAUAGGUUACGAGUUGGCUACAGACGGACACACCUGUGUGGUUCCUGAAGCUUUCCUGUUGUUUGCUAGACGAGAAAACAUCGGAAGGAUAAGCAUUGAGAAUGCUGACAAUGAUGCCAUCAUUCCAGUGACUGGAGUAAAGGAUGCAAGUGCUCUCGAUUUCGACAUGACUGACAGCCGAAUCUACUGGACCGACGUGAAAGUGAAGGCAAUCACGAGAGCUUUCAUCAACGGAUCGCAGGUCGAACGCAUCGUGGAGUUUGGUCUGGACUCCCCAGAAGGGCUCGCUGUGGACUGGGUGGCACACAACAUCUACUGGGCUGACACUGGGAGUAAACGUAUCGAAGUCGCCAGAUUGGACGGUACCAGCCGGAAAGUACUUCUAUGGAAGAGCAUCGAGGAGCCUAGGAGUAUCGCUUUGGAUCCUAGCGAAUGUUACAUGUACUGGAGCGACUGGGGAGGUCAGGGCAGUGUGGAGCGUGCCACCAUGGAUGGAACCUCUCACUUAGUCAUAUUGGCGAAGGUGGGACGAGCCAACGGUCUGACCGUGGACUACACGGAGAGACGCCUCUACUGGUCCCAACUGCACGGCACACCCGCCAUCGAGGUGGCUGACUUGGACGGCAAGCACCGUUCCACCGUCAUUUCCAAGGACAUCGGCAGACCGUUUGCACUUACUCAGUACCAGGACUACAUCUACUGGGCCGACUGGAACAGCGGUAGUAUCGAACGGGUGGAGAAACACUACGGCGCCAACCGCACACUGCUUCACCGCCAGCUGGACCACGUGACGGACCUACAAGUGUUCCAUACUAGUAGACAGCUGGGGUGGAAUCUGUGCGCGGGAGACAACGGAGGCUGCAGUCACCUGUGCCUGGCACGGCCGGGGGACAGUAGUCGACACUGUGCUUGUCCCACACACUACACGCUGCACAACAAGACUUGCCAAGCACCAACAGCAUUCCUGCUAUAUUCUCAACGAAACAGUAUCAAUAGACUAAUAUGGGAAACGGAUGACUGCCCUGAUGUUCCUUUACCAAUCCAAAAUUUGAAAAAUGUACGAGCCAUUGAAUUUGACCCAGUGAAACAGUUUCUAUAUUGGAUUGACGGUCGCACGCAGUCUAUCAGGCGAUCCCAAGACACCGGAUCUUCAGUAGGGAUCGUUGUGGCGGGGGGUGGGGCGGUCCACCAACAUCCCUACGACCUCGCCAUCGACCCCUACACCCGCCUGCUGUACUGGAGCUGUGCUGUGGGCGACACAAUCAACGUAACACGACUCAGCAAUGGUUCGGCUCUGGGAGUCGUAGUGCGAGGUGCCAACGGGGAGAAACCGAGGAACAUUGCACUGCACCCCGACAAAGGGUUCCUGUUCUGGACGGACGUCGGUGUCAAGUCCCGAGUGCUGCGGUCACGGCUGGACGGCCAGAAGAGACUGGUGAUUGCUGAAGAGAAGGACCAGGUGACAGCUCUGGCUGUAGACAAGGACCAUGAUCUUAUCUUCUGGUCCACAAAACAGCGUAUCAACGUUGCUGAUCUCACAGGAAAAAACAUGCGAACAGUGGUGUCGAGUCAGCUGAGCCAGGUGUCAGGUCUGGCGGUGCUGGGAAACUACCUGUACUGGAUGGACAAGGAUCAACAGCUGAUUGAGCGAGUGGACAAGAACACGGGACUGUCCCGGGAGGUUAUCAUGUCCAAAGUGGCCCACCUUACCGACCUGGUGGCCAUCACAAACAUUAAAAAUGCAAACCAUCCGUGUGGGCCAUUGACGAAUCACGGAGGCUGUACUCACCUGUGCCUGCCGCUGCCCCACGGAUCCACAGAGUGCAGUUGUCCCCAGGGGUUAAUACUACACGAGGACCGUGCCACCUGCUCAGCCUUACCUGCCUGUGGAGUCGAUCACUUCACCUGCGGCGCACCCUCGGCUGACUGCAUCCCCUCUGCAUGGCGCUGCGAUGGCCAGAGCGACUGUCCUGACAGCAGCGAUGAGAUGGGCUGCCCCGAGUGUACCCAGCAUCAGUUCCGAUGUCACUCAGGACAGUGUAUUGAUGUGAGCUGGCUUUGUGACGGCAACUCGCAGUGCCCUGAUGGCUCAGACGAGAUCUCUUGCUGUACGACCUCGUCCCCCUCACUGUUCCCGUGUAAGCUGGGUGGGCCCUGUGUGUCGAUAACAGAAGUUUGUGAUGGCUGGUCCAACUGUCCUGAUGGUUCAGACGAGAGCCCUCUAGCCUGCCAGACACACCCCCCACCCAGGUUCGUCAGCAACCCACCCCAGGGCCACGUCACACUCUACAUCCUCAUCUCCAUCUCCUGCCUGGCAUCCUUCGCUGCCGCUCUCUACCGAUGCAAGAAAAGGUUCGCCCCGGCCAGUCCAGGGCUGCCUUGUGAGGACUCUGCAGCGGACCCUCUGUCCCCCAAGCCGUUACGGGUGGUGCCCAAAACCGGACCUACCAUACCGAAGCCUGCCCCGGCUGUCAGGAUGACGGCGAUUAACGGAACCAGUAGCUCCAGCUAUGACCGUAGCCACGUCACUGGAGCCUCCAGCUCGGCCUCAUUGCUGUGCUAUCCUCUGAACCCUCCACCGUCCCCCGCCACUACGGCACAGCGCGAGGAGUAUUGCUGUCCCCGUUACAGGCCCCCGCCCCCGACGCCCUGCAGUACAGACGUCUGUGACGAGAGUGACUCCAACUAUCGGUGCGAUAGUGACCCCUUUCCACCACCCCCCACCCCCCGGUCCCACUCGUCGGGGCCACCCUCUCCCUCAUCCUCCACAUACUUCCAUCCCCUCCCUCCCCCACCCUCACCCAACAGCAGGUGUCCCAACUGCUGACAUACCAUACGUUGUAUAGUGUACAGACCGUCUUGUAAAUAUGUACUAUGGUGGUUACUGAGUGUGCUAGCCUCCAACACAAACUGAUUUCUUCUUAACCAAGGAAUUUCUAAUGAUUCCUCCUUGUUGUCUUGUGUCAUAUAAUCUCUUUCACAUGUAGAUUAAAUAGAAAAAGCCCCUUAAUGAUGUUAAUCUCAUUUUAUUACUUCUAUAAAUUAUAGUUUAUUGCAGGCUUCUGUUGUAAAAGUUUGAAUACCUGUUCUCUUUCCCCAAGUUUAAAUUUGUAUUGCUUCACAAUACAGAACACGAUAAAUCUCAGAGACCACCAUAGUCAGUGUAAAUAUUGUUAAGGUGCCAUUUAUAUAUUGUAACAUAUCAAUUGAAUUUUGUUAAAAGUACAAUAGUUAAUGAUUUUUUAACUUAUAAAAGUCUUAAAUGUUGUGAAAGAACUAAAUUGUUCUAAUUUUUAAA